GAUCUUUGCCCGAACCCAUUUCAUCUAUAUAUACGCCAUCAAUCUCCCCGUCUUUCUUCACUCUUUCCCUAUCUCACUCUCUAGGGUUUUACGAGGGUUUCGUUUUUGUUUCCUCCCGUUUUCAAAUUCCCCUCCAAAAACCCUAAUUAUCCUCAUUCAAAACCCUAGAAUUGCACUAUUCUCUUCGAAUUCGUCUCUAGUUCUCGUUUGGAUCUCUUCAGAUCCAUGGCGGAUACUACAGGAUCCUCGGUAACGAAUCAGUAAGUCCUCAAUCUUGGGAAGUUUCCCACUGUUAUCCACAGUUGCUAUUCUAGGGUUUUCUUUGGGGGCAUUUGGAAAGGCCGCAACUUUAACAAUGUCGAAUUUGCCAAUCGAAACCCUAAGUCCCAAAUAGGAUGAUAUGAUCAGCUGAUCAUGAGCGACGGCGGCAAGGAGAGUGCAAGGGAGAACUCUAACAGCAAGAAGAAGGUUAUCCCCUCGGGAUUCGACGAUUUCGGCCGCCAGAUCGCCAGGAUCGCAGUGGCUCAGAUCUGUGAGGACGCCGGGUUCCACAGCGCCCAUAGGUCUGCUCUUGAUACUCUUGCUGAUAUUGCGAUUCGCUUUAUUUGUGAGCUGGGCAAGACUUCUCAUUUCUACGCGAAUUUGUCGGGUAGAACUUCUUGCAACGAGUUUGAUAUUGUUCAAGGGUUGGAGGACUUGGGUUCAUCGCAUGGUUUUGCCUCUGCGUCGGAUGCUCACCAUUGCCUUGUGGGCUCUGGUGUUGUUAGGGAGAUCACCCAAUUUGUUAGCUUGCAGGAGGAGGUCCCGUUUGCCCGAUCGAUUCCGAGUUUUCCGGUUGUUCGUCGAUCCUUUGGUCAACCGCCCAGCUUUGUGCAAAUUGGGGAGGAGCCGCCCAAGAAACACAUACCUGAGUGGCUUCCGGCAUUCCCUGAUCCACAUACUUAUGUUCACACUCCAGUUUGGCAUGAGAGAGCCGCAGACGGUAGGGCAGAUAAGAUUGAGCAAGCUAGGCAACGGAGGAAGGCGGAAAGGUCUUUGUUAAGCUUGCAGAAGAGACUUUCUGGCAAUGACACAUCUGGCUUCGUUCAGACAGUUGAAAGCAGCAACCUUGAUAAGGGGAAACAGGUGGUCGUUCACAAUCCUUUUCUCGCGCCGCCAUUGAGGGCAGCUGGUGAGAAAGAUAUACCCGAGGUUGUUAUCCCCGAUGAAGUUGGUGAUCAGAAGAGGAUAUCAGUGCUUGAGACCUUUGAGUCGGUUAUUGAGGCAGCAAAGACUGGAUCUUUUGAGGAUGAGGCCAAGGAAAAAAGGGUACUUCCAAAGAGCAGGCCUACAGUGCAUUUUAAAUUUGGAAUUGAAAAGAAGUCUGUAGCUUUGCCGCUAUCUUCAAAGACUUCUGGUGUCAAGAAUGAAUCCUGGUUUUUGAGGGAUGACGAGAAGGACGACAAGAAGCGGAGGGCAGAGAUGAUACUCAAAGAAGCUAUGGAGAACCCACACGAACUUACACAGCUGUAGAUUACAUUAGUCUAGGAACUUGUGAUAGUAGAUCUGCUACGCGAGGUUCCACAUGGGUUCUUCGGUUGGGUACUUUGAGCUUUCACUCGACGCCAUUCAUCUGGACGUCACUUAAGAGGGACCCUUCAGAAUAUUUCCAUUCAAUUGAAUGGAAUGAUCUGGCAUUGGCUGUCUGUUUUGCACAGAGGGGAUUUCAUUGAAACAGGCCCGAGUCUUCAUUUAUGGGACUUUCAAGGAUGGGCAAGGCAGCGAAUCAAUUGAAUCCUGCACGCAAUGCUAGGGUCACUUUUUGCCAUUCUGAUCUGCAUCGUCUAUUCGUAGCACUUGUGUCACUUUUAUGUGAUCCGUAUAGAUCGGACACUGCCUCUCUCGUCUGCUACCUUUCCCAGAUAUGAUGGCUUCUUUUGGUCAAGGGUCCAGUCCUACUGUAGGUAACAGCAGUCACAAGCACUUGACCAAAGGGGACUAGCACUUCUACUCCUCCAACUAGGAGCCGGUCGCAGGGAGACGCAAGGGAUGUCGGUACGAAUUGGAUUCUGCAAUAUUUGUCGCUGUGAUAGCUUAGAGAUGUGAUAUUCUCCUUAAACAAAGAAACUGUGAAGAGUGGGGCCAGGUGAUGAAGAUCCCUAAUUGUGCACUGGCAGUAUAUAUUUAUGAAUUCCAGGUUGAACUGGGAUGCAGCAGGGUUUUGAGGGGUUUUUAAUAGAGAUGAAUGCCUACUGGUGUACGUGGUCAUAAAGGUGCCCAAUUUGUUAUUUGACUGUGUUUUCUUAUGGGCGGAUGGGUUUGUUGCCCCCUUCCCCCAACCACGCAGGGGGGGGGGGUAUGGUUGUCAAUAGCUUGAUUCGAACAUUAAAGGAGCCCUAGUUGCCAACUGUCUCUAUCUUCCUUUUACGCGUCAAGACCUUCACGAGAGCUUUCUAUUCUGCUAUUCACCAUAGGGAUUAUCAUGAAAUGCACAUUGCUCAGCAAACCGUCAAAAAGCCUACUUAUAUCUUUGCCUUUGGAACAUUGGGAGUUCGACGCGAACACCAGAGUCUACCUUCAUCAAUUGGCUCAUGUCGGUUGGCAGCAGUAAGAUAUGUUUAAAGCUCUAGCAACAAGAUUAUGGGAAUCUGGAGUUGAAUUGGGUGAGCAUGUUUACUACAAUGUGGUCUCUUCGUGAUACAGUUGAGUGAAAUUGAAGUAGGAGUGGUAAGCCUAUGUACAAUCACAACCUCAUCCACUGAAACAAGAGAAAAACUGACGGACUUGUUCCCUGCGAGUAUAGAGCUGCUGCUGGGUGGGUCUCAUUCAAACUAAGCAAUUGCCUAUUGCUCACAUGCCUCAUGGAAUCUCUAUCAGAUUGAGCUGAAGUGUUUUGCAGCUAAUUGAUCAGUAAUGUUCCGUCUGAUUCUGCAAGUUAUUCAUGGAGCUGUAUUUGGAAGCUCAUUCAAUUUUGACUGUUACUUAUUGGAGGAUUUGACCUGUGACUUGGGGAUGAUUCUCAAUCUGUUGUGAUAAUAUGCUUGAAGCUGUGAGCAAUGGUAGUGCCCAAUCACCAACUUCUUUGGUAAACGUUUUUGGCUUCAGUGUCUUGCGCCGAUAGUAUCAAUCAGUGAAUAAAUGCAUCUUGUAUUUCCGAAAGCUUUGGCAUGUGCAGGAGACAGUGAUUAUGUUAGUGCACGAUAUUGGCCCUGAAGUCGUGCAGGGACAGACAUGCUCACCGGUUAACUAGAACGGUGGUGCAUCAAUAGUUGUACCUGGAUUUUGGUAGUCAAAAGCAAUACAAGGCUUUAUUAGAGAGGUCGUGUGUUUUUAUGCAAGCAAAUGCGAAGCUGCAAAGUAAACACUAGAGAGAUUUAUUCCUUAUCAAACUCAAUCUUCUGAUAAUAUCACUGCUGCUCUCACGUGGGAAGCAAAAUCUGUAGACAAUUUGGACAUGUGGCAACAAUUUGCAUCUCGAGAUUCAGCUGAAAGAGCAUCUACUGUGUAGGAGAGACGGAGACGGACAGUGCUUUGCUCCAUCGUCGCAAUGCUGGCCUGGAAAGGGGGAGGAAUUUGUCAAGAUCGUUGGAUGUGUUGGAUGUGUUCUGAAGACGCAAUAAUUGGAAUAAUCUGAGAUUUUGUUUGCCUAAUGGUUGCUUAAAAAUUAACUAGAUCUCUCUUCCACAGACCUGCACGGUUUAAGCUGACGGUGAGGAUUAUGUAGAGGUAGACGCAGGAGAUGAGAUGCUUCUAGGGUUGGGAUCGGUUCAGCUCCUCCUUAAGAUCUGAGGCUCUGACCUGCGCUCAUAUGCAAAAUCCAUCGGUGGAUGGAGACUGAGUACUGACCAAGGCUCCACUGGUGCUCAGUUCAGCUAGUUACUGAUAAAGUAUGUAGUAGAACUUAAGAGUCAGUAUGUGAAGAGUAAACUGAGUUUCGCAUGUUUGAAUCAAGGCAUUGUAGCUUCGAUGGGAUGCAGUGGCACUUAUUGCAACUACAAUUACGUGCAAGUGCCACUUGCUUUUACCAAUUGAAGUGAACUAAACAGCCACGGCGCGUUUGGUAAAUUACAACUGUAGUUGCAAUAUAACUGUCACCGACAUGUAACUAAGAUGUUGCAAAUAUUCUUUGCAUGCAACUGCAAUUACAGCUA